CCAGUCAGUCCAGCUCUAGUAGCCUGUCAACAACACUGCAACCUGAGACGGGAUAGACAGACACUCAUUUGGCUGCCCGACUAAACCAGCUAACUUAGCUGCCCUGCUAGCGUCUCUAUCAACCAACUGUUACGUCUCUUAAUUAUUCCUGGAUAUUUUUGUUUUUGCUGUUCUGAAGUUAUUUCGACACGAGGGGAGAAAGAAAACCUGGAUUUACCGCUUGGCUCCUUCACCGCCCUUCUCCUGUGUGAUAUGACAUCGCGGCUUGCUUACAACAAAAGCCCAAGCUCCACAGCAGACGGUUGACAUCUGGUCAGGUGCUGUUCAAAGGAUGGCUGCUCAGGUGGAGGUUCAAACUGGGGAGGUAGGGAGGACAGUGGCAGGGGGACGACUACACCUGAGUCCCCUGGCUGACUCCAGCAAUAAGAGCCUCAACGAGAUCCCGCCCAUCAGUCAGUCCCAUGUCAUUGCAUCAGAACCGAACAAGCCUCUCCCUGGCCCAAAGCCACGGCUCACUCCUAAACCUUAUGCUGUGGAGAAGAAUACAACUAUUAAGCCCAUACUUGCCCCUAAGCCCCAAACUAAACCCAGACCACAGUCCACUCACCUUGUGGGAUAUAAACCAGAGCUACCAAUCAGUCCAAAACCACAGUAUCCAGCUGCUACUAGCAAAGUUAAACCAGCCUCCACAAACCUCAGCCGCCCUGCCCCUACCUCCUUCAAAACCUCUAAUAAGUUAAAUGCUGGACAGGCAACCAAGCCAGUAGUCCAGCCAUUUAAACCAGCCCCUCCUCUUGACCCUGGAGACCACAGCAAGGGACAGAAACCUGGUGCAACAAGCUUGGCCUAUUCCAAGAGCCUUAAAACACUCACAGCCGCAGAGUGGUCUGGAACCACGAAGAAGGAAGCUGAGAAGGACCAAAAUGCACAGGACAAAAGUGGAACCUCUAUCACCAGAGCCAAGUCUAUGGGUUUUCUCGUUCUGGUAGGGCAAGAGGAAGAAGAAAAACCUAAGCCUGAAGUAUCUGUGCCACUGCGACCCCGUCCCAGACCCUCUAGGCCCAGACCUGUGUCAGCCAUUUUUCCUGACAGUCCAUCUAAGACAGAAACACCAGUACCCGCUCCUCGCUGGACUGCGAGACGACCCCUUUCAGCUGAUCUCACAUCCAAGUUUGAAUCAAUUGGUCUUUCACUGCACCGUAAAAGUACAAACACUAAUACUAAGGAGGACACUGCAGAGAAGGAGGCACUACCGCAAAAGCGAGAACAAGACAACCCCCCGAAGAGUACCACACUACAAGGCCCUGAUGGUGUAGCUGAUGCUGUCCUCUCAGAAACAGCUGCGAAAGAGACUGAAGAAGAUAAGCGUAGGGUUAGCAUUAAGUCACGAAUCAGUCUUCUCCUCGAUUCAUCGUCCUGUCCUGGGGCAGGUCUCACAGGCCAAGGGUCAGAUCUCCCUUCUCCAGUGCAGCCGGUUCCCGAAACAGAACCAGCAGUUGGAGUUAGGCAGCUCAUCAAGCAGCUGACAGUUGAUACGACGCCAACUCAGAGCCCCGCAGUGAAACCAGCAGUGAAGCCACGUCCCUUGCCCCUUGACCUAACCAAAAGGUUUUCAUCCGAGAAGUCGCCAGACCUAGUUCCCCUCAGUGAAGCAGCAGACCGCCAUGAGAUCAGCAAAGAUCCUCAGAGGGCUGAAGAUCCCACUCUCACUCCCAGUGACCUGAACACAUUCUUGGAUUUUUUAAAAGAUUCAGAAGAGCAACUGAAAAAGUUGUCUGAAGGGCUCGAGUCAGGACAGACAUCUCCUGCCAAGGAAAGUGGUCCUGCUGGUGAAGUACAGACAGUGCGAGCAUCGUUGUUCGAAAACGUUGUGGAAAGGCACAGUGUGCUGAUGAUGGACGACAGCGGCGUGGACAAGGAUUUGCUCAGCAGCCCGUCAUUUAAGAGGGGAGAUGCAGAGGACGAGGGAACUCUAGUCACUGCCACCUACAGAGAGCCUGUGUCUCCCUCAGGUCCUAUGAGGGUGUUACAUGCUUUUGACACAGUGCAGGCAGUGGAAGAGAACAGGGUGGUGAGUGAGAGCGUCCUGUCAGCUCAGCGGGAGGAUAAGGCCAUGACGCUCCGAUCCAGACGCUCAGAAGGCAGCCGGCCAGUUGUGGAUAAAACUGAUGCUGCUCAAGGACAGACAGCUUUGUCGAUGAUGUCAGAACGGCAGCCGCGAAUCCUCAGAGUAGGAGGUUUACAGAAGUGGCCCACAGGCCUCGACCAAUCACCAAGUAUGGAGACGGGGAUCUUGAAAGAUUCUCAAAGGGAAGAACAAGUGUUUUUGGAUAAAGACAAAGACUGGCCGAGAGCGGCUGAACAGGAUGACGUGGCCGCAGCACCUAAACGUCUCAAAAUGCUACAACCAGAAGAACAGCUGAAGCCUAAGGCGACGUACUUUGCCUUGACGGGGCAAAUACAUGAGCCAGUUUCUCCCGGAGAUGUACGAAGAACCAUUGUUGACACAACGGUGCCCUCUGAUGAUUUGUUUCUGGGGACUGCUUUGGAUGGCUCGCAAGUGAAGGUUCUUCCAAUCAGGAGGAAUCCAUCAUUAGAUGAAGCUUUUGGAAAAACCACUCAUGAGCAAGUUGUAGAGUUGAUGAUGAGGAGCCGUAUGUCUGCCAGGGAGAUCCAAUUGACUUCAGACGGAAGGAUCAAAGAAGAAAUAAUAGAGGUUGAGAAGAAAAGAGAACCCCAAAAAGAGACAGAAAGACUCCUCGAGAGGGACCGACAGAAACAGCUCGAAAUGGAGAAACAAGCAGAUUUAGAAUUUGCCCGAUUGAAGGAGAGGGAGAUGCAAAGAGAAUAUGAAAGGCAAAGACAGAGAGCCUUUGAAAAGGAGAGACAAGAACAAGAGGAGAAACAGCGUGCACUGGAAAGACAAAAACAGAUCGACCUUGAAAAACAGAAACUGCAAGAUUUGGAGAGGGAAAGAGAGAAACAGCGGCUACGAGAACUGGAGAAACAGAGAGAGUUCGAACGAGAGCAGCAGCGGCGUUUCGAGAGAGAGAAACAACGAGAACUGGAGAGACAGAAAGAGAUUGAAAGGCAGAAACUGCAGGAAAUGGAAAGACAGCGUGAAAAGGAGAGGCAAAGACAAAGGGAGGAAGAGAGGCAGAGACAGCUGCUCGAGAAACAGAAAAUGGAGCUGGAAAGAGCUAAAGAGCUGGAGAGACAAAAGCUCUUAGAGUUUGAAAAACAGAAACAGAUAGAAAAGGAGAGGCAGCAGAUCCUCGAACUCGAGAAACAGAGACAGAGAGAGAAGUUGGAGAGAGAACAGGCGGAGAAAGUAAAACAGAUGGCAUUAGAACAGGAAAUGUUAAGAAUAAGAGAGAUUGAAAGAGAGAAGGAAAGACAAAGAGAGAAGGAAAGACAAAGGGAGAUGGAAAGACAAAGGGAGAUGGAAAGACAAAGGGAGAUGGAAAGACAAAGGGAGAUGGAGAAGGAGCGUCAGAAAGAGAUAGAGAAGGAGCGUCAGAAAGAGAUGGAAAAGCAGAGAGCGCUGGAAAAGCAGAGAGAGCUGGAAAAGCAGAGGCAAAGAGAUUUAGAUAGACAGAGACAGUUAGACAUUGAAAGACAGGAUUUAGAAAACCAGAGACUGAGGCAACGCGAACAGGAGAAGGAAAAGCAGAGGAUGAAGGAAUUAGAGACACUUAAAGAGAUGGAGAGGAGGCAGCUCUUGGAGUUUGAAAAACAAAAGCAAACAGAGAGGGACAGAUUGCAAACCUUGGAGCUUGAGAAACACAGACUGAGGGAGAGGAUGGAAAAGGAUGCGGCAGAGAAAAUGAGACAAGUGGCCAAACAGCAAGAAGCAGAGAGACAGAGACUGAAAGAAAAGCAGAACAAAGAAGAGCAGGAGAGGCUGAGGUCGGAGUCGACACCUCUCAGGCCUAAAGUUGUAGAUCUGGACUCUGUUGUCAGAAAUGACCAGUCGCCUAAAGCUCCUCUUCAACGCAGUGACUUUGCUACACGCUGGAAGGAGCCGUACAAGCCUGGCGUUCUUGACAUUGACUCAUUCACAUCACAAGCUCUGAACCCCCCUGGCAAAGACUUGUUUCCCGUGUCUAAUAUUCAGGGAGGGGACGCUGAGUUCGGGUCUAAGUCACUGCCUGCACCCGAAAGAGAUGUCAGCUGGAAGGUACCAGUGCAGACAGGUUUCUCAAGCCUAGUGUGGACGCCGUCCCCUCAGGACCCGUGGGAGCUGCAGCCUGUGGAGAUGUCCGUGGACAAACCUGCGCCUGAACCCAGGAAACACACGAACAAGCCCAGCCCAGAACAGCUCCUCCUCAGGCAGGAGGACCGCAUCCUCAAUCCACACAGGCCCUCGUCUGCUGUCCUGGACGACCUGCUCCACUUAACCCCCUUUUCUGGGACAGAGACAAACUCUGGUAACUCCUCCAGUGGACUCCCUCCUACAGAGCUGGCCUGGCUUCCUAGAGAGUUACGGCCUCAAGAGAGCAGGGGAGAUGGCCCGAGCCAAAGGAGAUCACAGGGAUCUCAGGAGCUGAACAGGAUGCGGUCUCGCAGCGUGUCACGGCGAUCGGCUCCUUCAGGUAGCGCCGUGGAUGGAAACCUUUCCAGGAUGAGGAGCCGCAGCUCCCACAGAGAGCAGAACCGUCACAGCUGGGUGCAGCAGAAGCAAAGUGGUGAAGAUGAAGAGACUCCGGCUCGAGAGACUGACAGCCAGUAUGGGACCUGGGAAACAGGGCUGCACACUGAUGACAGCUUGACUCCUGCCACUCCCAGUUCAGAGAGCAACCUCAGCCCUUCACCAAGGAAGCCCAGUCCGCCUCACACGCCUGGAGAUCAUGCCUCCCAGCCUGAAACUGACACUCCGAUGGGCCUCCCUCCCUUGACCUCAUCUGAGAGCGAGCCGCUCCCUUUUCCUGAUGCACCGACCACUCUGUUAGACACCAGCGCUCUCCGCUCUAAGGCCCAGCUGGGGAAGAAACGUGCCCCUCGGACACGGCCCUCCAGGGCCCCACGUCAGAAUGUAGCGCAGACAGAGAGAGACGGAGGACCCACUGAGGACUGGCUCUACAGAGACUCCACAGAGGCAAAGGCCGAGAGUAAAGACGAUGACUCAGACUCUGAGGAGCGCACCAGAGGAGCUGAUGCUGGCACCGCUGUCGCCUCGCAGCCACAGAGGAUCGCCCUGUUCCCUGGCAUGGACCCUUCAGCUUUAAAAGCUCAGCUGAAGAAAAGAGGUGACACUGACAGUCAGACUGAUGGACCUGCUCCCUCCCCUUCCCAGAUGUCUCGCUCCCCCAAGUCCCCUUUCCUCCCACGGGGAGCGCUGGUGCUGCCCCCACCUGGAGGGAAAGAAAAUGGUGAGGAGAACUCACCCCAGUGGUUGAAAGAGCUCAAGUCCAAGAAGCGCUCGAGUCAAUAUGAAAGUGAAACCUAAUUAAAUAAUGAGGUUGCCUUAACAGAUGAAUCUGUAUGAAACAGAGGCCUUAACGUUUGACCCAGAGAGGAGGAGGGAGGGGUGACUCUACAGCUGCUGAUGUUUUUGAUUUUGUUUCUUUGUUUUCCAUUUUAUUUUUUUGUUUUCUUCCCACCUGGGUUGAUAAAUGUGCAUGGUGCCUUUUUUUAAAGAAGAGUCUUUGUCUUAAGGAAAAAGAAAAACGAGCAAGGAGUAAAAACAUCAAGCUGCUCUGCUUCAUCCAUUUCAUGCUUGAAGCUGUGGAAGCUCUCCUGCGUCAGGAGGGACUACUUCACGUGAACACUUUAAUAGGGACCAGGAGGAGUCGGGGAAAAGGACAACAGGCAGUUAUUGGCGAUUAUUUCCUGUCGGGCCGCAUUUCAGGAAACUUUUGGGACCACAACGCCUCUGAAUCCUGGAUGUGCUUCAUCUCGUGCUGGACGACAAUCCAGCCAAACCUGUUGGACAUGUUUGUUUCCUCACUUAACUAAUGUGUAUAUGUCGGCUUCAUUGGCCAGAUUUAUAUGUUGUUAUCUGUGCAGGUUGUUGAUAGGAGUCAGGCAUUGCCAUAGGAUAACAUUUCAGACACUAAUGAUUUUUUGAAUAUAGAGAACAAAUCACCACUGACUUGAUCGUCAGUGAGAGUGUGUAUCAUGUUAGAAACUGUAAUCAGGAGAUGUUAUAUUUGUACUAUCAACGAUUUAACAAAGACAGAGAGAUAGUUUUGGAAGAAGGAAAAAAAAAAAACACACUUCGCUACAAUAGAGGCUCCACAGCCUUUUACUUUGAUACACUCCACAGCCUAACGGUGUCACAGUUGCUGAAUACUGUACAUGUUUUUGUCUCUGUGGAAAAGGGACAGGGGGACUUUUGGACAUCUAUCAAUCAUGCACACUUCUAAUCAGCACAAAUACACUCCUCAGCCUUAUGAAAUCACCGUGUUUAGAUUGACUGACUGUAGCUAUAAGCAUCCAGUAUAAGGCAUACUUUCACCUUGCAGCCCUCACACACUCCUCGACAAUGUUUCCCCCAUCGAAUAUGCAAUUUUCCCUCUCUGUCCUCCCCCAUUACAUGUGCAUGCACAAUCUUGACAUGAGGCUUCGUUCUAUCUGACAGGGUCAGAGUGUCGGGGUGUUGGCUUACACUACUCCAGUGGAGGAAUGUUUCACUCACUAAACUGCUGAAAUGACUCUUUACCGCUCCAGACAAAUGUGAACAUCUGCACCUCCUUUACAGAUCGACUGUCUUUCCUCUUCACAUUUGCCACUCGCCCGUUCACUCUGCGCUUCUCUAAAGCACUUUGUCACUCGAUGCACUACAGCACUGACCUCUGCCCCCUCUCAUCAGCCAUGUCUUCUCCUCUACUGUCGACCUGCUCAUGCAAUGCAAGAAAGUGUGUUGAUGGAGUGGAGACUUCGGAGUGACUUGUCCCUGGUUUCUAUGUACAUGGAUGUUUUAUUUUGUCAUAAAAUUUGAGGGUUUAUUUUUUAUGUCCUUCUUUGUCCAUUUUUUUAUUUGAAAGUAAAGAUGUAUAUUGCACUGUGUUGUACUGGCCAGUGUCCUAAAGUGAAUAAAUUCUUAAUAAAAUUUACUUGACUUGA